CUGAAAAAAGCACAUCCUUACCCUCGACUGCUGGACAUCAGCUUUCUGCCGUCCUCGGGCAUGCUAAAUGCUCUCGCCCCUCCAGUCUUGACUUCGUCCAUCCUCGACGGUCGAUUUAGCUGCAGGACAACCGGCAGUCUGCCCAAGCGACCGGAGCCCGUGAACCCGUUCGACAGCCUCCGGUCCCCUCCGCGGUGGCCGGAGCUCAAAAGACCACGAACUCACAUGCGAGAGACGUCGGUCUCGGCCCAGCUUCUCUUCGCGUCGUCACCCUCCUCGAUCCUUCCUGCCUCCACUUCGGGCGUUCUGGAUGACCAGUCCGGCGUCGAAAUGAAGCCAGACCACGCUCAAGACAAUUGUCCCGCUAGCCUGGAGACGGAAGCAGAUGUCACUAGGCAACUGGCCGGCUGGAAUAGUGACGCAUGCAUGUAUAGCGAGCCUGACUUGACCAAAACAUUUAAUGAGACAAACUGUCCCGGUUCGGCCGGUACCGAACUCAUCGUCCAGCAUGUAAGUCGACCUCAACUCCAUCCUUACUCGUUUGUUUCGGCCAUCCGGGCCAAAUGUCCCCUCCCGAGCUCCGCCCAUCUCCGCGUUGGCGCGGGCUGA